AUGAACGACAACCAGAUGGAAGAUCUGACGGCCUCAUCGAGUGCCGCUUCAUCCUGCGCAGAAGUGUCUCGUAAGCUUGAAGACUCAUCGGAAGCCUUCCAAUUUCCAAAGCGCCGCAAGAGGCCAAGUACCGCCAUCAGCUCCGUAUCAUCUGGCGCGACCAUAAUCACAACAGCACCGCUUCAGCCUACCCUCACCGUGAUUCUGAAGCCCACAGAUCCCGACAAGUCACUUGCGAAGAUCAAUCCUCUAAAGAUCUCUGAAAAACUCGAAAUGACCGCACCAGAUGGCGUCAUUCUUGUUAGACCAAAUCGAAGACUUAACCUUCUUGCAAUUGAUUGGAGAAACACAGAAUCAACGAAAGCUCUACUUAAACUUGAAAGCAUCGGAGGAAUACCUGUGCAAGCCUACGCACCGCACUCACGUGAAGCAGCCAAGGGAGUAAUCUACGGAGUGCAGGAAGACAUCAGUGACGUCCAGCUAGAAUCUUCGGUUCGGGCUACAGCUCCCGUUCUCUGCCUUCGGCGUCUUGGGAAGUCAGAGGUUGUGAAACUAGUAUUCAGCACUAACACCCUACCUGCCUACAUCACCAUCGGGUACACGAGGUACAACGUUGAGCCCUUCAUUGAAAAGCCUCGACAGUGCCCGAACUGCAGUUCGUAUGGUCAUAUCCGUGGCACCUGCUUGAAAACAAGUCGCUGCAGUCGCUGCGGUGGAGCUCACGACAGGAGCAAGUGCGACACAGAAGACCCUAGAUGUAUAAACUGCGGGAAAAAACACGAAUCAACAUCUCGUCAGUGCCCCAAAUUCAAGCUUGAACAAAACAUAUACCAGUACAAGAAUUACGCUGGAAUGGACUACAAGUCCGCAAGAUCAGCCAUACUCUCCUCAAAUGAAAAAGUGGAGGUAAACCCACCUGACACAACUGAACGUAGGCACCAUCAAAACCACGUUGCUAAUAACUCAACAGAAGUGGCCGGCACAUCCUCUGUUAAAGGGUAA